CACAAAUCAAAAUAAUAAAAGAGGCCUUUCGUCUUCGAUAUAGAAAAGAUAGUAAGCUUGUUAGUGAAUAUGCUGGAUAUAUAAAAAAUUUGCGUAAUGCUGACAAUCAAGAUGAUAUAGAAGAUUUAUAUAAUCUUUAUUAUGAGCUAUCCAAAAAGGAUCGGCCUAUGACUAAAACAGAAAUUAAGGAAGCUGUUGAGAAUGUACUUAUAGAUGAGUAA